AUGCAGGGGCAAGGAAUUAUUGGGGCAAUAACGUGGCAAGUCUUUGCGACGCAGAUUCCCAUGUGCGAAUGGGUGUUGUCACUGAUGUUGAAGUGCGCCGGGCGGAACGAAAGGAGGAGACGGGUGGCAGAGGCACGGCGAGAACGUGCAUCGAUGGAUGCUUGUACAAUCAUUGGGAUCGAUCAUUGCAAUAUUAAUGGUAUCGUUCUGUAG